AAUGCGUUCACGGAUAUUUUACGUGAAAUGACGGUUAUUGUAUUGCGAAAAAGAAUACAGGAAAUAAGAGAGGAAAUUUUGGGGCACAUUAACAACCGCGUUAACGAAAUGACAUCCGAGAUUCUGCAGAAGAUAGAGAUACCUUCGAUAAAGAAUGAAAAAUGUAUAAGAUUCUUAUAUAAGAUGGACAAAUAUCGCGACAAAAAAAAAUCCAGUAAGAAAGAUGCGCUGCCAGAUAAGGAAUUUCUUGAAAGAAAUUCAUUACUCACCGAUCUCUUUGAGAGCCCACACAUUCGUUCGAUUUACAAUAUGUUUUUGAUGACUUUCAUGUACUUACUUGUCAGUACCGUCGCAUCCGAUAUUAUGAAGUUAGGAACAAGUCACGUUGGUAUUAACACGAUAAGGAUUGGUUUCACAAAGUUUUCAACGUGCAUCUACAUUUGGUCGUUCAUGCAAGCCUCGACACUCGGUGUCUACGUCGCUUUUAUCCUCUGGACGUAUCAACGAUUCCGAUUCUUAUCAAAAUUCUGCAUUCUAAAAUUGUGGGAUUACACCUGGCUAUCAAUAUUUAUAUCGUAUCUAAUUCUCUUUAUCAUUUUUCCCAUUAAGGCGAUGCUCGACACGAAUCUCUCCAUAGGUUGCAGUUUAAUUGUUAUUAUGGAACAAAUACGCAUGAUGAUGAAGACGCAUGCUUUCGUCAGGAGCGCGGCGCCCAGAUUUUUGUCAUACAAACCUCAUAGCGAAAUUGCGCAACCGAAUGGUCCCACAUUCUCGCAAUAUCUGUAUUUCUUGUUUGCACCGACUCUUGUAUACCGCGACGAAUAUCCUAGGACAAAGAGAAUCAGGUGGAUGGUAGUGAUUCGAAAUUUCGCUGAAGUUGGCCUAGCAAUCUUCUACCUUGUUUUUAUCCUGGAACACCUUAUAAUACCGGUCUAUCACAUGUAUGGUACACAACAUGUGGAACGGAAAUGGUUCAUCGAGAAUAUCAUCAAGUCUAGUAUUCCUGGCAUGCUGUACGUCUUCAUCGGACAAUACCUUCUGCUGCACGCAUGGAUGAAUGCUUGGGCGGAAAUGCUGCAGUUCGCCGACCGAUUGUUUUACAAGGAUUGGUGGAACUCUACAGAUUACCACAUGUUCUUCCGCACGUGGAACGUGGUAGUGCAUGACUGGCUGUACACGUACAUCUAUAAGGACAUAUACGAGAUCGUGGUGCCGCGCAAUCGGACGCUGUCAAUCACCGCUGUAUUCUUCGUCUCCGCCAUCUUCCACGAGUACAUAAUCGCGUUCGCCUUCGGCUUCUUCUACCCAAUGCUGUUCAUCUUUUUCGGAUUAAUAGGCUUCGCCUUGUUCUCCGUCAGCAAAAUCAUCACCAGUAACAUCUUUAUGUGGAUAACCUGGUGCAUUGGCGAAGGUGUCCUGUUUAGUCUGUACUCAAUAGAAUACUACGCCCGGCAGAACUGUCCACAUACUCAUUCCAAUUACUACCUGGACCUUUUUAUACCGCGAAGCUGGAACUGUUAUGAGCAAUUUAAAGCGUAG